AUGAAAUAUCAUAUUGUUGAAUACAUGGAAGAUAGUCAGGUGCAUUGUUACUAAAUUAAUAUAAAAUUCAGAAACUAUCCCUAAAGUUUGGACAAAAUGAGUGUAUUUGAAGAUGAAAAAUUCUCUUGGAAAGUCAUGAAAAAUAACUGGUGGUAAAGGUUGACAGGGAGUAAUAAAAAAUAGUUUUAGUGUAAUGGUUAUUAUGUUAUGGAUAUUAAGGAUAUUAUGAAACAAGCAACUUAGUCUGAGGGAAAUUAUAAGAUACUAUUAAACAACUGUUAAACUGCAGCAGAUAAAGCAACCAAAAUUUUAUUUGAUCGAAUGAAUGGAGGCCAAAAUACAAGUAUGUGGGGUAAAAUAAAACAUUUUGCCAAUAAGUUUAUAAUUUACCCCAUAAAGUGGCUUUUAUUGUGGUUAGGUCAGGAAAUUAUAGAUUAUUUUCUAUAUUUAAAAGAACUAGUUAUAUCAUUCCUGAACAUAUUGAUGAAGUGA